AGCAUAACACCUCGAAACCUCAACAGGCUCAAACAAAAAUCGUAUUAUCAGUGACAUGAUUUGGAACUAACUGAAAAUUGUAAAAACGUGAAAAACGAGCACAUGUACGGCGUUAUCACUAGUUUGAAGUUUUGAACCGAUUAAAAGUGCACCUGGAGGAAAAAGAGGAAAAUACCUUUUUAUCAUUUCUUCAUUUUCACUCCUCACCCUGAAGAAAAUAUCCUCACUCUCUUGGCAAGACCCCCUAGACAUGCUGAUCAACACUAAUAGCACUUCUGAUGCAACCACAAUAAUUGAUCUGCAAAACCGCUACUAUCACGUCAACGCUGCACUGGAAAAAACGAGUUUUGACGUGGACGGGUUCAAGUGGCAAAUUGUAUUUGAUUGUCAACAAAUUAUAUUCACGCUCAUAUCAGAGAUGGCAGAAUUUUGCUCAAUUGACCUGAUUAUUCAUUGCACCGAUUUCAAGUCUAGUUCCACUUUUACCUCACAAUUCGAGCGCAGCGGAGAGUCAGUUGUUCAUGAGUGGCUGCCAGGCGGUCGCCACGUGCAACUGGAAAUUGACCAAACGAUUCACGAAAGUCAAUUUUCCGGAUUGGACUUCAGCCAGCCGUUUGACAGUUCAAAUGUUGUGCUAAAAGUUGAAGAUGAGGAAUUUCACGUACAUACUUUUGUUCUGAGCAUGGCUUCUCAAUAUUUUAAAGUGUUAUUCAAUGGGUCUUUCAUUGAAUCCUCCGACCUAACAAAACCAAUCGAACUGAAAGGAAUAUCGUCUUGUUCUUUUAGAAACCUUCUAAAUUGUAUAUAUGGAUAUCCCUCUGUGUUCAGAAUAACACGCGGGAAUAUUGUAGAGCUACUGGAAUUAAGCCACUUUUUUGAUUGCAAAAACGUUACAAUGUUCUGUGAAUAUAAUUUGUGUAAUGAUACCUGUUACAAUAUCCGAUCAACUCAGAAAAUGGAAUGGGCUAUCCGAUAUAAUUUGAACACUUUGAAGAAUAAACUUUUACGACAUGAACCUUAUUUGGUAGAUCUUCUAAGUCUCACUUAGAAAUUUUUUAACAACAACAGAUACUCCCCUCAUUGAUUGUGAUCUUGUAUUUUAUAAACAUUUGAGAUGUUAUUAUAGUUAAUAAAUGAUUGCAGAACUUU